CGUGAGCCACUUCCUGUGUGAGCGAGCGGCGGUAUAAAGGAGCCUUCCUCCCUCCUCUUCCUCAGUCGCCAUGGGGAACUUGGUGGCCAACGACGGGCUCUCCGGCUUUGUUAUCCUGGUCUGGUUGGGAAUCAACGGAUUCCUGUUUGUCCAUUUCUACAUGGCCUUCCUGGUGGACCGCUGGUUCUACACCCGGGUUCUGCUGGGGCACGCCCUGUCCUGGGCCAGAGCUCCGGCCGCCUGCCUGAACUUUAACUGCCUGCUGAUCCUGCUGCCGGUCUGCAGGAACCUGCUGUCGCUGCUGCGAGGCUCCAUCCAGUGCUGCAGCCGAACCGCGGCGCGGCAGCUGGACCGGAACCUGACGUUUCACAAGCUGGUGGCCUACAUGAUCGCCUUCCACACGGCCGUCCACAUCAUUGCUCACUUGUUCAACUUUGAGUUCUUCAUGGACGCCCAGCUGAACCGCAGCGUUGACCUCCUGCCCUUCGUUCUGUCUGAGAUCGGCAACGAGGACAAUGCGUCCUUCCUCAACCCCAUCAGGAGCAACGAGACGAGCCCCACCAUCGUCAUGUUCACCACCAUCGCCGGACUGACGGGCGUCGCCAUCACGCUGGCUCUCAUCCUCAUCAUCACGUCGUCCAUGGAGGUCAUCCGGAGGUCGUACUUCGAGGUGUUCUGGUUCACGCACCACCUCUUCAUCAUCUUCUUCAUCGGCCUGGUGUUCCACGGCUAUGGGCGAAUCGUGCGAGGACAGACUCCGCUCAGCCUGCAGAGCAACGACCCCAAAGCCUGCGCCGACCACUUCCGUGACUGGGGCAAAAACGAGUCGGGCUGCGCCGUCCCCGUGUUUGCAGGGAACCCGCCCGGGACGUGGCAGUGGGUUGUGGGCCCCAUGAUCCUGUACGUCUGUGAGCGGCUGGUUCGCAUCUACCGGUCCCAUCAGAAAGUGGUCAUCACCAAGGUGGUGAUGCACCCCUCCAAGACGCUGGAGCUGCAGAUGAAGAAGAAAGGCUUCAGCAUGGAGGUGGGCCAGUACGUCUUCAUCCAGUGUCCGUCUGUCUCCAGGCUGGAGUGGCACCCCUUCACCCUGACCUCCGCCCCGGAGGAGGACUACUUCAGCGCCCACAUCCGGAUCGUCGGGGACUGGACGCAGGCGCUGUACGAGGCCUGCGGCGGGGACAAGCCGGAGCAGCAGGAGGCCUGGAAGCUCCCAAAGAUGGCCAUCGACGGGCCGUUCGGCACCGCCAGCGAAGACGUGUUCCGCUACGACGUGGUGAUGCUGGUGGGGGCGGGGAUUGGCGUGACGCCCUUCGCCUCCAUCCUCAAGUCUGUGUGGUACAAACACAUCCAGAACAACCAGGACGUCUUCACCAAGAAGGCGGUUCUGUUGCAGAUCUACUUCUACUGGCUGUGUCCGGAGACGCAGGCCUUUGAGUGGUUCGCCGACCUCCUGCAGUCCCUGGAGCGCCAGAUGGCGGACAAAGACAUGGCCGACUUCCUGAGCUACAACAUCUACCUGACGCGCUGGAAGGAGACGGAGGCGGCUCAUUUCCGGGUCCACCACGAGGCGGAGAACGACCCGAUCACCGGGCUCAAGCAGAAGACGCUCUACGGAAAGCCCAACUGGGACAACGAGUUCACCAACAUCGCCGCCAAGCACCCCAAGUCCAAGGUGGGCGUGUUCCUGUGCGGCCCGCCUCAGCUGGGAAAGUCUCUGGAGAAGCAGUGCCUGUCCCACUCCGAGGCCGAAGUCAAGUUCAUCUUCAACAAGGAGAACUUCUGACCGCCGCGUGGCGCAAACACGUUGCUGCAACCUCCACGUUGCUGCAACAGCCACCAGCUACUUCUUCUUUCCCUGCUGCUUGACCUUUAGGGUCGUUUCCAAACUUCCUUCCUCUGAGGUGACCUUCAGGUGGCUCAAACAAAGCCCGAGUGGUGAUGGCUGCAUCUGCAAACACAGGAGAGGCUUUUAUUCUGAAAAGCUUGUGACUGAGCAGCAGCUCUUUGUGAAACAUUUAAACCAGGGGAGCCCAAAGUGGGUCCCUGAGGGCCAAAACCUGCAUGUUUUAGUCUCUCCAUGGUUUAACUCACCUGGAUCCCAUCAUGGAUCAUUAGAUGAACUUUGACCUGCUGAGAAGGUUGUUGGUACCAGGGAGAGACUAGAACCUGCAGGAUGCCGGGCCUCCAGGACCCACUGAUUUAAACAAAACCUGAAAAAUAACGGAAAUAAUGAAACAUCCUCAGAAAACAAAGUUGCUUUUCAAAAUAAAAGCCGUUGUGUUGCUGAUCCAGGUUGAACCUGAUGACUUUUUUUUUUUUGCUUUAUUAAUUUUGAAGCUUUUAUUUUUGAUACUUUCUGCUCAAAAUGCAAAUAAAUUAAAAUUCAAAUUGUUUCAUGUU